GUAGCGUGCACAAGAAGCAGAAUGAUACCAGAAGCAUCUUAGCCUUCCUUCUCCCCUCUCCUCCGUUCAAUUCCUCUUCACUUUACGUGCCUUCAAUUUCUUCCAACUACACACUGCGAAUCUUCGUUUUUGUGCCUCAAAAGCGAAUCCAGACGUUUAAGCGCGUGCUUAAUUUAACCUAGAUCAUCAUAAAUAUGUUUUUUGACGGGUAUGGAUACCAUGGAACAUCAUUUGAACAAACAUACCGGUGUUACCCUGCGUCUUUCAUAGACAAGGCACAGAUAGAAAAUGGUGAUAAAGUUAUAAUGCCGCCAUCAGCUCUUGACCGUCUUGCCUCCCUUCACAUUGAUUACCCUAUGUUAUUUGAGCUCCGGAAUGCUGCUACUGAGCGCGUUUCACACUGUGGGGUUCUGGAGUUCAUUGCUGAAGAAGGCAUGAUCUAUAUGCCUUACUGGAUGAUGGAGAAUCUAUUGCUACAAGAGGGAGACUUUGUGCGAGUGAAAAAUGUAACUCUUCCAAAGGGUACAUACGUAAAAUUGCAACCACACACAAAGGAUUUCUUGGAUAUUUCCAAUCCAAAAGCUAUCUUGGAGACAACACUGAGGAACUUUUCGUGCUUGAGCACUGGGGAUAGUAUCAUGGUGGCUUAUAAUAAUAAAAAGUAUUACAUUGAUAUCAUUGAGGCAAAGCCAUCUCAUGCGAUAAGCAUUAUCGAGACUGAUUGUGAAGUGGACUUUGCUCCUCCUCUUGAUUACAAGGAACCAGAAAGACCUUCUGCCCCCGUUUCGACAGGCAAAGCACCAGCAGAAGGUCAGGAACCUCCCGAGGAGUCUGAACCAAAAUUCAAUCCAUUUACUGGCGUUGGAAGACGCUUGGAUGGGAAAGUUUUAAAAACGGGAUCUCCACCAGUGUCGUCAUCUGUGCCCCAAGACAGGCGUGCCAAUGCUUCGGCUGGAGGAACAGGUACCGCCUCUAGUUCCAGCUCACAUACUGCCAAAGCCCCAACUCAAGGGAAGCUCGUAUUUGGGUCAAAUGCUAACCGCACAAAAGAUGCCCCAAAGGAUGCUUCAAAAGAUGCUAAGGCGGAGCCUCCGAAGAGUGAUGAUCCGAAGUUCCAAGCCUUUAGUGGGAAGAAAUACUCUUUGAGGGGUUGAUAUUAUAUUUAUCUGCACCUGUAAGUUAUAACUCUUGAUUUGUCAUGGAAUCUGUGUUGGUUUAGAACUUGCUGGAAAAGAAUUGGAACAAAACAUUGUCCCGGUCGAAGGAGUUGAACAGUGGUUUAGUCUUCUUUUGACACAAGAAAAUACAGAAUUCUUUUGAUAGCUUUUA